UGUCUGCCUUUGGACGAUUUCGCUGCAUGAACUCGCACCUGCCUUGACAAAGAAAAAGCCACGACACGACACGCCGACUGUUUGUCCUUCCGUGUUCGAUAUCUGCUGUGUUCGCAUUCUAAGAGACACUUCUGAAAAAGGACUCGCUCUGGUGCUUCUUGUGCAACGAGGAAUCUCUCCUGUCAGCAUUCUGCUAGUGCCGUUCAAGGCCAACACUGAAACCUGAAUCGCAAAGAUGGCCGAACCCCCAAGAAGCAUUGAGUCCAUCCUCGCAGCCCUAGCUGCUCAACGACCGCCGGCUACGUCGACCCCAAACCAAGCUCAGCCGCCUCACCCAGCGCCUGCCUAUAGUCCUGCACCUGGAGCUUAUCCCCCUGGAGCCCCUCCAGGUCCCGCGCCUCCUUCGUAUGCUGGCGCGUAUGGCUUGCCUCAACCCUCCUCGUCCGGAACUUUUGAUCUGAGUGCCAUCAAGCCUGUCAAUUCUGGGUCUGUCAACAUUGCCGAUGCCAUUGCUCAGGCGAAAGCCUAUGCUGCUGACAAGGGCAUCACGCCGUACCAACCUCCUCCCGGAGCCUAUGCUGGCCAUAACCCACACCCCGACUCGCGGCAGUUCAGAUCGCGUUCUCGUUCUCCGAAUGCGCGCCGUGAUGCGUACAAUGACAACUACAACCCGUACAGAGAUGAACGUCGUGAUGAUCGCGGUGGCCGCUCUCGUGAUUAUGGUCGCGAUCGUUCUCGGUCACCUGGUGCUCGCGGACGCUUCUCUCCCCGUGGCGGUCGUGGUGGUGGCGGUGGUGGCGAUGAUGACACUGACACCAUCGAGAUUGAAUCCAGCCUUGUUGGUCUCAUCAUAGGCAGGCAGGGCGAGAACCUCCGUCGCGUCGAGUCGUCAACUGGUUGUCGCGUGCAAUUUGUCCCUCCAACUGACAAGGCCCAGCCGUUCCGCCAGUGCAAAAUCACCGGCCCUCGUGCUGCCCGUGCUGAUGCAGCGGCACAGAUCAACAGGAUCGUUGAGGACAGCGGCAUGGGCGCUCUUGCUCGCGCCGGCAUGAACCAAGCCGGUGGUCGUGGCGGUCCCCCCGGGGCUGGUCCAGAAGCCCCGGUCCCCCAGGACGGUGAGGAUUGCAUGCAGAUCAUGGUACCUGACCGCACUGUUGGCCUCAUUAUUGGACGCGGUGGUGAGACUAUCCGCGACUUGCAGGAGCGCAGUGGCUGCCACAUCAAUAUCGUCGCUGAGAACAAGAGCGUGAACGGCUUGCGACCUGUGAAUCUCAUUGGAACCCGUGAGGCUGCUGCCCAGGCCAAAGAGCUCAUCCUCGAGAUUGUGGACAGCGAUAGCCGCAACGAUGGCGGCCCCAAGGGCGGCGGCCGUCCUCCUCGCAGUGACCAUGGCCGUGACCAGCAGGGCGGAUAUGGCGGUGGCGGCUUCUCCGGCGGUGGCGGUGGUGACAAGAUCAAUGACCGCAUCUACGUUCCAUCUGACGCCGUUGGCAUGAUCAUUGGCAAAGGAGGCGAGACCAUUCGUGAGAUGCAGAACUCGACGGGAUGCAAGAUCAACGUUACCCAGUCAUCCGGACCUGGUGAGGUUGAGCGUGAGAUUGGUCUUGUCGGCUCCCGCGACUCCAUUGAGCGCGCCAAGCGAGCGAUCGAGGACAAGGUUGACGCAGUGCAACAGAAGAACAAUGGCGGAGGCCCACGUGGAGGUGGUGGUGGUGGACGCCCGGGCGGCCGCCGCGACUACGACAACCCGACCUAUGGCGCGCCACAAAACAACACCGCGCCAGUUGCUGCCGCGCCGGCCGGUGCCGCUGCUGCUCCUGGCGGCGAGGACCCUUAUGCACCUUAUGGUGGAUACCAAGCGUAUCUUGCGCUGUGGUACCAGUCGAUUGCUGCUCAACAACAGCAGGGAGGUGCCAAGCCUCCUGGUGCCUGAACGUGGACCAUCUCCUGCAACCGACUGUACAUUAUGUGAAAAUCGCCAUCCAAACCUCAACUGCAUCACGGCGCUGAGGCCCGUUGCAGCCCAAUCUCGCAUCAUACUCGUUCUCUGUACAUACAUAGUAAGCGCAUCCGGCCGGCCUGGCGAGAUGGUGGUUGGCACAAGCAUACACUGGUGAAAUGGCGUCUGGCGAAACUGGU